AUGUCCCAGUUCUGGGCAGUUUUCCUUCUCUGCGGCCUGCUGACCCCUUCACAAGGACUUCUUGGAAAUAUCCCCUUGGUUUCCAGAGUGGAUAAAGAUGCCGUAGAAAAAGCUAUUACAGGGUCGCUUACCAAAGGCAACUUUCUCCAAGGGCUCCUAGAUGGUCUCCUUGGUGGGGAUCAGCUCAGCAGUCUCCUUGGUGGCGGCCUCCUUGGCGGAGACAUUCUUGGCAGCGGCCUCCUUGGCGGAGAUGGUCUUGGCGGCGGCCUCCUUGGCGGAGGUGGUCUUGGUGGUGGCCUCCUUGGCGGAGAUGGUCUUGGUGGUGGCCUCCUUGGCAAACAAGGUCUGCUGGGUGCAGUGCAAGGGCUCACAGGGCUGAAAAUCGUGAACAUUACCCUCCCCCAAAUCACCCUGCGCUUCCUGCCAGGGAUCGGGCUCCAGCUGAACCUCUACACUCAGCUCACGAUAGACGGUGGCUUUGCUACAGGUGGGCUGCUCCGUGCUCAGGUCAAGGCAAACGUUACGGCAAGAGCCAGGCUGGCCCAGGACGCGUCGGGGGCGCUGAAGCUGGUCAUCGAAGACUGCAGGACUCUUCUGGGAGACAUCAACAUCCGUGUGGGACCCAAACUGCCCGUUCUGGAUCAAGCUUUGAAAGGCGUCCUUGGGAGCGCCCUGCCUAAACUGCUGUGCCCCGUCAUCGACACCGUGCUUGGCGCUGUGAACUCGCUGCUCGGCACCGUCACUUCUGUGCUCCCGCUCGGGGCGCUGGGGACCCUCCAGUACGCGCUCGGGUCCCUCCCCGUCAUCGGCGACGAGUCCCUCCAGCUGGAUCUGAACCUGCUCGUGCGGGACGCCGAGGGCAACGUGGUGGAGCAGCGCCCGGGAACGGCGGCGCCCGUCCUGCCACCGCCGGCCGCCGGCGUCUCCCAGCUCGGCCUCUCGCAGACGGCGCUCGGCGCCAUGCUGGACCUCGUCCGCCGCCACGGCGCCUUCGACACGGACGUCGCGGUGGCGGACUCGGCUGGCCCGGCGGGCGCCCUGCUGUCGACGUCCGCGCUGCGCUCGCUGCUGCCGCAGCUCUCCGCAGCCAUCCCCGAGUCCCUGCCGCUGGUGCUGCGGGUGCGGAGCGCCGGCGCCCCGGCCGUGUCCCUGCGGAACGGGAAGGCGACCGCCCGCGUCGCAGCCGCCCUCGCCGUGCUCGCCCGGCGCCCCGGCGCCGCGCCGCAGCCGCUCUUCACCCUCGACGCGGACAUCGACAUGAACGUCGGCGCAUCUCUCUCGGGCAACAAGCUCCAGGCCGCCCUGGCCGUGGACAGUGUCACCCUGAGACAGGCAGAUUCGAGAAUUGGCAACAUCAGUGUCUCCCUUCUUGAAGGAUGGGUGAAGGACGUCCUUGAGGCUGCCUAUCUACCCGGCAUCAACAAGGCCCUCAGCGUGGGGAUCCCACUGCCCAACCUCUUCAACGUGAGCCUCGAGGGUGCUGAUGUCGACGUCGUCGAUAACGCCUUCGUGAUCUCGCAGACCCGCAGAGCAGCCUAG